UUUCCCAUAGUCAAACAAUCAAGCGGUUCCCCAGUGUAAUCCGUUCGCACAAGACAACAGUCGCAAUUUUGCAACGAGCGCGUAAAAAUCUUCAUAAAACUUGCCACUUACAUUAUGACUUGGAAACGACCAGAAAACGUACCGUACCCAUCCGUUUGGCACACAUUUCAAGCCAAGGAUACGGAAAGCGAUCAACUGGUUACAUAUCGCGUGCAGGAUCUUCCGGAAGAACGUUUCGACGAGGCGAUCACGCACAUGAUAGAACAUUUUGUCUAUGACGAACCAACGUGCCGUGCAAAAAAUAUCGUAAGUGAGCAGCAGAGCGUAGAUGAGAUGGCCGAUCUGUGGCGCGAAUUCGUUAAACUUCGACUGGUGAUCGUGUGCUUUAAGGAAGGUAGCGACGAAAUUGCGGGCCUGAACAUGCUGUACGUUUCACAGCAAAGUGAUAAGGCAGAGUAUCAGUGCAAAGGAAAAAUAUGGAGAUCCAUUUAUGAUUUAGUCGAUUACGCGAUUAAAAAAUCAAACGUGUACGAGCGGUACGGUGUUGAUAAAUAUCUGGGCGCAAUGGGACUGUCGGUAGCUCCGAAGUACCGUGGACGAGGCAUUGCUACCGAAAUUCUGCGUGCACGAAUUCCCCUUUGCAAGGCCAUUGGCUUGCCAUUAACAUCCACCUGCUUUACAGCGAUCGGAUCGCAAGCCGCUGCAGCCAAGGCAGGUUACGAGGAAACUUACGUGGUAUCGUAUGAUGAUAUGACUAAGAUCGACGAUCGAUUCGUGUUUCCGAAUAUUACUACGAAGUAUGUUAAAUGUAUGUCCAAACGUGUAGAAUAAAAUCUAGGAGUAUGAAUCCUUAUCGACCAACAGGAACAA